AUUCGCCCAAACACGAGAAAGAUUUGAUGAAAAUCCGAUUAAACUGUUACUAGUCAGUGGUCUCUUACGAACAAGAUAAUCAUGUCUCGGGAUUUUCGUCCUUCGUCUUCGCGCUGGGACAGGGACGCAGAAGGAGGUGCCUCCAAGAGAGGUGGCCCUUUCCUUCUUCAUUCGUCCAUUAGCUACAGAGCCAAACUUUCUACUCACAUUAUUUCACUAUUUCUCUCCUGCCUGCUCCACGAUCACGUGGCUCCGGUCUCGGCCUCGAACUAUCAAAGUUGCAAGGCCAUCUCUCAUUUGGGAAAUGUGUUGACGGAGAUCAUUUCUCCGUAUUGGACCUUCGUAGCUCCGGGGCCCGCUAGCGAGGCAGAGCGGAAUCGAGUGGAGACCACACCAGUAUCCGUUGACUGGUUAUUGGCCAGAACGGUAGAGAAAAGCAUGCCCGCUGAUAGAGGCAUCCCUUGGGAUUGGCGGGAGGAGGUAGAAGAUGCUGCGGAAGCAGAAGCUGGUGGCGAUGUUAGUGAGGAGAAGUUGAUUUCUCCAGCUUCAAAGUCCAAAUCGGCUUCCCAAGCGACAGGAGCAGGACAGUUGAGAAGUCUUUUCGGUGCCAAACCACCAGUUCUCCCGGCUGAUGCAUCGCAAACACAGAUUGAAGAGCACCUCGAUUAUUGGGGCGGCGGAGCG